AAGAAGGCUGAAUCACAUCUCAUGGUGGGGAGUGGAAAAUGAGGUCGGGGAGAAGACAAAAAACAGAAAUGGAGAACUACAACGGGACACGUCUCCGUAAUAUCAAACCCUACAAACCCAAGCAAAUUUCAAUCACAAAAUGGACCACAACAGUUAAGGAAACGAAGACACAUAGCAGUUGAGGAUGCUCAAUUUCGGUGUCCUUUUCUUUACCCGAAGGAGCCGGCAGGACGCAACCGUUACCGGAUCUUCACGCUCCGUUGCUUCAAAAGUGACCCCCCAAUGAUUUUUGGUGCCCAAUAAGUCUUAUAUAAAAUAUAAUUCACCGCAGCUAGAGCACUACUCUCUCAAUCAUUCAGUCUACUUUGAUCAGUUUCUUAAAUGGCGGCAAUACUGGCUUGCCAAAGGUGUUGUUGCCGCAGCGAGGACUUGGUUAAUCAAGGGAGAGCUAUUGAAAAUUUAAGUUUCUCCAAAUCAAUAUCAAUUCGGCAGUUCCCAUGGUUUGUGAGGCAAACAUCCAGUCUGCCUGCUACCGCUAAAUUGUUCAAAUUUCAAGUGGAAGUAAGGCAGACUGAAUCUCGUACGAAAUUGGGUAGUAAUGGUCGACCUACUAAGAUGGUGCCUACCAGUGAGAUAGUGAAUGGUAACCCCAAAAGGAAAACCACGCCAGUUGAUGCAGUGGUAGUGAAUGGUCGUCCAAAAAGGAAAACCAUACGAGUUGAUAGAGCAGCAGAACUGAAUGGUUCAGCACAGGUUGUUAAUGGUGUAAGCAUAGUCAAGAAAGAUGGUGCCUCUCCCCUGGUAAAGACCCAGAAAAUUAGGAACUCUGGCGAGCUUCCACCUAUUGAAGACCUAAGGGUUCUGCCCUCAGAUGAAACUUUCAGUUGGGCCAAUGAAAAUUACAAUUCAGUUCAGAGAAGUAUAGAUGUAUGGUCUUUUGUUCUUUCUCUGCGUGUUCGUGUUCUGUUUGACAAUGCAAAAUGGACAUAUGCUGGAGGCUUCACAGAAGAUAAGCAGAAAUAUCGAAGAAGAAGAACUGCCUCAUGGUUACGAGAACGUGUUCUGCAACUUGGCCCAACUUUUAUUAAACUUGGUCAGUUAUCCUCCACGAGAUCUGAUCUAUUUCCUUCUGAGUUUGUAGAUGAGCUUUCCAAGUUGCAGGAUAGAGUACCUGCAUUCUCACCAAACAAGGCAAAAGACUUUAUCAAGAAAGAAUUGGGAGCCCCAGUUGACAUGUUGUUUAAGGAGUUUGAAGAACGGCCAAUUGCAGCUGCUAGCCUUGGUCAGGUGCAUCGGGCUGUCUUAUACAAUGGAGAGAAAGUUGUUGUGAAAGUUCAGAGACCUGGUUUGAAGAAACUUUUUGACAUUGAUUUACGAAAUUUAAAGUUAAUUGCAGAGUACUUUCAGAGAAGUGAGACACUUGGGGGUCCAUCUAAGGAUUGGGUUGGAAUAUAUGAAGAAUGUGCCAAGAUUUUGUAUGAAGAAAUUGAUUAUAUCAAUGAAGGGAGGAACGCUGAUAAAUUUCGCAGGGAUUUUCGAAAUGUCAAGUGGGUUCGAGUGCCUCUAGUGAUGUGGGAUUAUACUGCAACAAAAGUUUUAACGCUGGAGUACGUUCCAGGGAUUAAAAUAAAUCACUUGGAUAUGAUAGAUGCUCGCGGUUAUAACCGAUCUCAAAUUUCCUCCCGUGCUAUUGAGGCAUACUUAGUUCAGAUUCUGAAGACAGGUUUCUUUCAUGCUGAUCCUCAUCCUGGAAAUCUUGCAAUUGAUGUUGAUGAAUCACUCAUCUAUUAUGAUUUCGGUAUGAUGGGAGAGAUUAAGUCUUUCACAAGAGAGCGGUUGCUGGAUCUAUUUUAUGCAGUUUAUGAGGAAGACGCAAAAAAGGUUGUGUCCAGUCUCAUAGAACUUGAAGCACUUCAGCCCACAGGAGACCUGUCAUCUGUUAGGAGAUCUGUGCAGUUUUUCUUGGAUAAUUUGAUGAACCAGACACCAGAUCAACAACAAACUUUGGCUGCAAUCGGUGAGGAUUUGUUUGCUAUAGCACAAGAUCAGCCAUUCCGGUUUCCAUCCACUUUUACCUUUGUGCUAAGGGCCUUUUCGACACUUGAAGGUAUAGGCUACACCCUAGAUCCAGAUUUCUCCUUUCCAAGGAUUGCUGCACCUUAUGCACAGGAGCUGUUGGAUUUAAAACAGCAGCAGCGUUCUGGAAGACAAAUUGUUCAACAAAUAAGGAAACAAGCCGAUGAUGCUAGAACACACACCAUAUCCAUGCCAUACAGAAUCCAAAGGAUCGAGGAGAUUGUGAAGCAGCUUGAGUCAGGAGACCUAAAACUUCGAGUCCGAGUGCUUGAGUCUGAAAGAGCAGCUCGGAAGGCAACAAUACUGCAAUUUGCAACCAUGCAUACAGUUUUGGGUGGUACCCUACUAAAUCUUGGAGUCACAUUAAGCACUCAAGGCUAUCAAGUGGCUGCAAAUGGAUCAUUCAUCGGUGCAGGUGUUUUCAUGUUGCUGUUUGCCAGGUCCAUGCAAAGGGUAAAGAAGCUUGACAAAUUUGAGAAGAUGAUAUGAUCUGUUUCCCCCAUUUCUUGGUCAUAGAUUCAUAUUCGUUUCAAGAACUAGUUCUUUUACGUUUAUUUUUCAGUUCCACAAAUCCCAUAGAUAAAUGAAUUGUACAGCUACCACAGUCCAAGAGGGGCAUGCUCUAUUGUCCCUGUUUCAGCCAAAUUAUAUAUAGAGGUGCGGACAUAUUUGAUUC